GCUUUUUCACUUGAAAAACUAGUUCUCAUAUCACAAUGGCCACCGUGGAAGACCUCAUUUGUUUAAAGCACAGCAUUUACAAAGAACUAAAGGCUUGUCUUGAGCCAGAGGAUAAAGCUAAAACCGUGUUACAGAAACUCGAAGCGAAAUGUACCGAGCACAGUGAUAUUAUCUACAGUCAACAGACCCUUGUAUUUCGACUCAAAAAGGCCUCGAAACGUGAAUACUUGGAAUUGCAAAAUUUAGAGAAUGCCGGUCUCUUUAAGUCCAUGCUCCACUCACAUAAAGUGAAAGUGGAAGAACAAAGAGAAAAACAUCGAAAAGCGUUUCAGGCCGAGAAAGAAGCCGUUGUCCAUCUAGAAAAUGUGCAGGCAGAAAAAGAGAAUUUAAGUAAACAGAUUCUGGUGGCUCAACAGGAAUAUCAACGUUACAAGGGUCAGCAUUUGCAACUGAAUCAAUUUAUUACAGAUAUUUUCAAAGAAGCUAACAAUGCUGAAAAUUAUCCCGAGCUAUCUGCACUUACAGAAAAGAUCGGACAAGAAAAUCAGGCGAAAUCAAGGUGUCAAACCGAAAACUAUCAAGCUGAGAAGAAAAAAAGAGAAAUAUCGAGCGCCAUCCAAUCACUGGGAAAGGCAUGCAAAGCGCUAACCUUGGGCAUCAACGCAUCAACCCUUUUGGACACUCUCAGCAGCAAAGGCGACCAUAAACAUAGCCUGAAUGGUAAGUGGUUUAAAACAAUUUAGGGAGUGUAUCGGUCAUCUUAUGCCUUGAUCUAGCUGCCAAGCACCAUGUGGAGUUUGCGGUCCA